CGACAGACGUUGAAAAUCAAAGAUGUUGGUCCAAUCUUCCUGAAGAUCCUUUAACAAUGAUACUCAGAUGCCUAUGCUUUCUUGACCAACUCUCCUUUCGCGGAGUCUGUAAGCAGUGGCGUUCGGCAUCACAGAAUUUCCCGGCGCAAUAUGGACGGUCUGCCGCCGACGACCCACUUUGGCUCAUGAUCUCGAGAAACUCCACGGCUACUAAAUGGGAGUUUGGGGACCCCUCCACCAGCCGCAUGUUUACAAUCGAUGUCCCAGAUUUAUGCAGGAGCAGCACAAGAUUGGUGCUCUCAAACCAUGGUUGGCUCCUUGUGUUUUCCUCUGAACCUUCCCCAUCUCUGUUCUUCUUCAAUCCAUUCUCUCGAGCGCGGAUAGAUCUCCCAUGGACAACUGACUUCUCUGGAAUGACGCACAUGUUGAAGUUCAGAUAUCGCCGGACUAUAAUCUAUGACUACAUUCCUGUUUUUGCUCUGUCAGCACCCCCGACCUCCCCCGAUUGCGUCGUCUACGCCAUCACCUAUAUCGACGAAGACAAGAUUCGAAUCAACUUCUGUCGCCGCGGCGACAGCAGUUGGAGUACGAGAAGAAUUGAAGACAAAAUUCCCAGAACAAAAUUUGCGCCGAUUAAGAAUGCAAUGGUCCAUGCUGGGAUAUUGUAUUGGGUGGAGAAGCAGGGGGAGGUCAGGGCAUACACACAGAGUGAGAAAGGCGAGAAAUACAGACAUUUUAAAAGAGACAGUAAGCCUUCCAGUGAUGGCAAUGUUUGCUCAUACGUGGUAGACGACUGGGAAGAAGGGAAAGUGUCAAUUUGUGUUGAUUGCAAGAGGAGGAGGAGGCAAGUGAUUACUCUGUUGAAGAAUAUCGAAGACCCAAUCGAGAUUGAAAAAUUGCGAAGCGAUGAUGACAAAUAUCGUCUAAACCUGAAACGUGAUGGGUAUGCAACACCGGCGCCGUCGUGGCUGCGGCUGGAUAGUUUCCCUGUGGGUUCUUGGUGUCUCUCAUCAUCAUCAUCAUCAUCGGAUGAUAAUGGUCCAAAAUUCUGCAAUUGGCAUAGGCUGAAAACGAACAGAUGCCCAAGUAAUUGUGGUCUUUCUGGGGAUUCUGUUUGGAUUGAACCCAAAUGGAUUGAGCCAUCACUAGCCAUUGCAUGGAGUAGCUAAUUAACAUGUUUUUGUGUGUCACAGUUUAUGAAUUCUAUUAAAUAUCUUAGCCUAGCCUCUUUGUUAGCUUUCACUUCUCGGAGAUUCAUUGUUAUCGAUCCUGAUCAUGAUCAUGUAGUUAACAAUUGGCUAGAGAUGUGUUUAAUUAGCCUUUUCUAUCCUCUCUUACCCCUAUGUUAUCCCCAUC